UCCAUCAGCAUGGAAGUGCCAGAAUAAUACAAACUCAAAGUCUGUUGAGCUGACGUUCAUGCACAGAGGUGGCAAGGUGGAGCUCUGUUCCUGCAGGCUUCAGCUGAACAGCAGGUCCCAUGCAGUAGUCGUUGGGCAGCAUGGCGUCUGAUGCGAGUCACAUGUUGGAAGCUGCUUUGGAGCAAAUGGACGACAUCAUCGCAGGCUCUAAGGUGAUGGUGGAGUUCACUAACGGUCUACCAGAUCUGGGUUCUCCGGUCAGUGUGGGUCCUCUGCAGGUGUUACAUUUAGCAGAGGAGCUGCGUUUGGCUCUAGAGGUUCAGGGUGGAGAAAGUCGAGACACUCUGCGCUCACAGCUGCCCUGUUCCACUGCACAGACCCUGCUGGCGUGGCUGGACAACGGCAUGGUUAACCGCCAGCCAUGUUCAAACAAUGAGACGUAUCAAGAGCGCUUGGAGAGAUUAGAGGGAGACAAAGAAUCUCUGGUUCUGCAGGUGAGUGUCCUGACGGAGCAGGUGGAGGCUCAGGGAGAGAAGAUCAGAGAUCUGGAAGCCUCUCUGGAGGAACAUCACCACAAACUUAUCUCCACAGAGGAAAUGCUCCAGCAGGAGCUACUGAACCGCACCUCGUUGGAGACUCAGAAGCUGGAUUUGAUGGAUGAGGUUUCGUAUCUGAAGCUGAAGCUGGUCAGUAUGGAGGAGGAUCACAACCACACAGAGAGAGACGACAAGCAGCACAAAGCCGAGUGUGUGGUUAAUGUGAUCAGUGAGCUCCAGGCGCAGAUGCGCAAAUUCCAGCAGGAGAUCACCACACGCAUCCAGAAGCAGCGGGCUCUCGAGGGCCACCCGGAGAGCACGGCUCGUGAUGUCCACGAUGCGCGUGAUGCUCUCAAUCACAGCCCAGAUGCGGACCUGAGCUCAUCAGAUGCCGAGGACCGCAGACGCCACUGUAGUUCUGGAGGAGACAACCAGGCUCUUUUGCACGAGCUGCGCGUUUUGAAAGCCAAAGUGGAUGAUUUGGAGAACGAGAAAUCGCAGUAUGAGAGAAAGCUGAAAGCCACAAAGACGGAAAUCAGCGAGCUUCAGCAGCUUUUGUCCUCCAAAGAUGCAGAGAUCGAGAGUCUACAGAAUCAAGUCCUGUCCAGAGGAAAUACAAAUAACGACAGCGUGGAGAGAGACGAGGUGUACAGGAGGAAAUUAAAAGACAAACAUCUGGAGAUACAGAGGCUGAAAAUUGGGAUGGAGUCACUUUUAGCUGCAAAUGAUGAAAAGGAUCGCCACAUCGAGGAACUCACAGCGCUGCUCGGCCAAUACAGGAAGUGCAAGGACAUGAUGGUGCUUUCUCAAGUGUGUGGUGAUCGGUUGCUGUGUGGAAGCAGUGAGGAGGAUCUGAGUGGCUCUCUGAGGAGGCGAGCUCUGCCCCAUAAGGCUCACUCAGACAUCGUCAGGUCCGACCUGCAGAUGUCGUCAUCUCAAGCGACGCCUCGGCCCUUACUGCCAUCAGUGUGUCUACAGAAUGAGCUUGACUCCAGCUGUCGCAGUCUGCAGUCCCCCAUGGACUGUCACAGCUUGCACAGCGGACAUUGGUUGACGCUGAGGAUGCUCUCGUCCAGUCUGGAGGAGUUACAGAGUGGAUCCAAACAGAGACAUGUAAUGGGGCAACCUGUAGAGCCUGUUCUCGAGAACCGGCUCAUAUCGGACAGCAGUAAGUACCGGACUCUUCCAGGGAAGCUGUCCAGACUGGAACAGAACGGAGAGCGGGAGCGGCGCGCAUCUCCACUCCAGCUGUCACCUGAUGAGAGCGAAGAGAGCGAGAUCAACCUGACAAAGUCGGAGAAGACGGAUGAGUCCACGCUGUCGGAUGUGUCGCCCAUGUCAUCAGGCAUGGACUCGGGCCAGCAGUCGCCUGUUUCUCCUGAGAAUAAGAAGAAUCAGAAAGGCAUCAGGAAGCUGUGGGGAAAGAUCAGAAGGACGCAGUCAGGCGGUUUGCCUGCAGAUGGUGUGGACAACAAUGAUUUCAAGAGGGGAGGAGUCCGUGCUACAGCAGGCCCUCGGCUGGCAGGUGUGGGCAACAGCAGAGAUUCAGGACGAGACAUGAACAACACUCCCUUUUCAAAGUGGUCAUGUGAUCAGGUGUGUUUGUGGCUGGAGGAUUAUGGUUUGGGACAGUAUGUCCCCAUGGCCAGACAGUGGGUGAGCAGUGGACAGACUCUCCUCUCGGCCUCCCCGCAUGACUUCGAAAAGGAGCUGGGGAUGAAACACCCACUGCACAGAAAGAAGCUGCAGCUCGCACUGCACUCGUUCACCACACGGCAGACUGAGAAAUCCGCAGAGCUCGACUACAUCUGGGUCACACGAUGGCUGGACGAUAUCGGUUUACCGCAGUAUAAAGACCAGUUCCAUGAAGGCCGUGUGGAUGGGAGGAUGCUGCAGUACCUCACUGUGAACGACCUGUUGAUUCUUAAAGUGAGCAGCCAGCUUCAUCACCUCAGCAUUAAGUGUGCCAUCCAUGUGCUGUAUGUGAACAAGUUCAACUCGAACUGCUUGAAGAGGAGACCGGGGGAUGAGUCACAAAUCCUGACAUCACCUUCCGAGGUGGUCCAGUGGUCCAACCACCGUGUGAUGGAGUGGCUUCGCUCGGUGGAUUUAGCCGAAUACGCUCCCAACCUGAGAGGCAGCGGUGUGCACGGGGGUCUCAUCAUCCUAGAGCCACGCUUUAACUCGGACACGUUGGCGAUGCUGCUGAACAUCCCACCACAGAAGACCCUGCUGAGGAGACACCUCAACACCAACUUCAACUCCCUAGUAGGAAGCCAGGCUCAGCUGGAGAAACAGGAAUACAUGGAGUCUCAAAGCUACACGCCGCUCUCCACUACAGCUAAAAUCCGGCCAAAGAAAAUCGGUUUCUCCAAUUUCAGCCAGCUCCGUAAGAAGCGCCCUGACAACCCUAGCGACUACAUCUGCCCUCUGGAGUCUCCGAAGACUCUAGCGCUGCUCAGCGAUUCCCAGCGGCCCAACUCCGGCGUACAGGAGCGUGAUGUGGAGAGGAAGGAACAGGUGGGGCCUGUGCUGGGUUCAAACUAAACUAACCACCCAUAUCCCCCUGAGCUCACCACCAACUCUCCCUCCACCAAAUCCACUCAUUCCUUGAUUACCUGGGCCAAACCUCACCUCCUGUCUCUCAGUGCCAUCAUCUAAUCCCCAUCAUCCCUUACUCACCAUCACGACAUAACGUUGCCGAGUGACAGUUACGGAAUGGCUGUGAACUGUGAGCUUUUUUUGUUGUUGUUUUUUUGUUUUUAAUAAUUGUAUGAUUUUCUAUGAUGCACAUCAUCAUCUUCGACUUCAUAACCCAUUUUAUAAUUUUGUGCUUUUUGGGGAAAAUGUCAUUAAUGACCUUGUGCAAUAUUUGUACAUGUAUUUAAUAUUUAUCAUGAGGAAUUAACUUUGAACAGGAAUCAGUUUUAACGGAUGAUUUUUAUACCAUCUGCCAGCAGUGUAUGCUGUAUUAAAAAUACUGUAUUUUUCCUAUGUUAUAAUAUUCAAGGUGAUAUUUUUAUAAACAAUUGAUAUGGCACUUCGUAUUACGAAGCACUUUGUAUAUAUUUAUAAAUAUAUAAAAGAGAUAAGACCUAUGCAAUACAAUCAUCAAUAAAACUCAUCCAUCACUGUAA